UUCUGCGGUGUGCACGGCAAUUGCAUUUCUUGCGCUUUAAGUGAGCAGCUCCUGUCUCGUGGUCAGUUCUUCAGAGACCUUGGAGUCCCUUUCAAAUUUGGUGGUUGCUUCUCUUUUUCUCCCUUUUCCCCCUUUUUUCCUUUCUUUCCUUUGUUUUUGUCUUCCUCCCUUCCCUCCUCAGUGAGAAGAAGAACAGUGAGAAGGAAGAGGGAAGGCUUGAGAGCAACGAUGGCUGACGACCAAGACCUUUCAGAGGUGGAGAUGAGCCCAGUGGGCUCUGAAGACCACCACUGCCUCUCCCCGGGACCCUCCAUGGCAUCAGACAACUCCCCGCACCUCACUGGCUCUGGGAAUGGGGAGAUGGGGAAGGUCAAGAAGGAACAGCAAGACUCGGAGGCGGAUGAUGACAAGUUCCCGGUGUGCAUCCGCGAGGCAGUCAGCCAGGUGCUGAGCGGCUAUGACUGGACCCUGGUUCCUAUGCCCGUCCGGGUCAAUGGAAGUAACAAGAGCAAACCCCAUGUCAAGCGGCCCAUGAAUGCCUUCAUGGUCUGGGCACAGGCUGCCCGGAGGAAAUUGGCUGACCAGUACCCACACCUGCACAAUGCCGAGCUCAGUAAGACCUUGGGGAAGCUCUGGAGGUUGUUGAACGAAAGCGACAAGCGGCCCUUUAUCGAAGAGGCGGAGCGGUUGAGGAUGCAGCACAAGAAGGACCAUCCUGAUUACAAGUACCAGCCCCGCCGGCGGAAAAACGGCAAGGCCACACAGGGCGAGGGUGAAGGCCAGGUAGAGGGGGACGCUGGUGGGGCUGCUGCCAUCCAGGCCCACUACAAGAGCGCCCACCUGGAUCACAGGCAUCCCGGAGAAGGGUCGCCCAUGUCUGACGGUCAUCCAGAACACUCCUCAGGUCAGAGCCAUGGGCCCCCCACACCUCCUACCACCCCUAAGACCGAGAUGCAGGCAGGCAAAGCUGAUUCCAAACGAGAAGGGCGUUCACUGGGGGAAGGAGGAAAGCCACACAUUGACUUUGGCAAUGUGGACAUCGGGGAGAUCAGUCACGAGGUGAUGUCCAACAUGGAGACCUUUGAUGUCAAUGAAUUCGACCAAUACCUGCCGCCCAACGGACACGCCGGCCACCCCGGCCACGUCGGAGGCUAUGCGGCAGCGGCCGCUGCUGGCUAUGGCCUCGGGAGCGCCCUGGCUGCAGCCAGUGGACACUCUGCCUGGAUCUCCAAGCAGCAUGGAGUCUCCUUGUCCACUGCCACCUCAUCGGUGGUGGACUCAAAGGCCCAGGUGAAAACAGAGGGGUCCACCCCUGGAAGCCAUUACACUGACCAGCCCUCCACCUCCCAGAUUGCCUACACAUCCUUGAGUCUGCCCCACUACGGCUCGGCCUUCCCCUCCAUCUCCAGGCCACAGUUUGACUACCCGGACCACCAGCCCUCGGGACCCUACUACAGCCAUUCCACCCAAGCCUCUGGCCUCUACUCUGCCUUCUCCUAUAUGGGACCUUCCCAACGUCCCCUUUACACUGCCAUCUCUGACCCUGCACCCUCCGUGCCACAGUCUCAUAGCCCCACACACUGGGAACAGCCCGUGUACACAACUCUCUCCAGACCGUAGGGAAUGGGGAACAGUGACCAAAGCAGCGAUGGAAAGGCUCCCAAGAAUCAGCACAGGCAGAAGAGCCUCCGAACUCCAAGGUCACUCAGUGCCAUCCAGCCACCAGAACCUACCAAGUAUACAGAAGUGCCUUUCUUGAUCCCAGCUGUCGCUGGCACACCCACCUAGAGGAAGGUUUAUCGUCCUUUCACCCUUUACCAAUUUCACACAGGCCACGUGACUGGCUUGCGAUGCCUUAUUGGCCUUCUAGAUGAGGAGGAUUCUAGACAUGGAGUGACUGGUCUAUGGUGGGUUUUGUUGUGCACACCCUGGACUGGUAUGAUGAGAGAGACUGUCCUUUCCAUCCCCUCCCACACUGCUCCAGGGAAUUUGCAAGUGUUUCCAACAGGCCACAAUGGCCAACACAUUGUCACCUGCUGUGGGUGUAGGGUGGUGGCUCAGCCUCGGCAGAUGUGCCAUGGGAGGGGCAGUAGGGAGGUGGCAUGGCCGGCUUCCAUGCAAUCAGCAUCGUGCAGCAGUCCUGCCUAAGAUUCACACACGCAUGAAUCUCGAACCCCUUGGAAGACCAACCUACGCUUGCUUCCCUGCCAAUUUCCACAGCUGCACUCUAGCUUUUCUCCCCACCUCCUCCCUCCAUCUUGUCUCUGUUUAAUCCCACACUCUUCCCAGCAUGGAGAAUUGAAGGCUUGCCUGAACAGUACAUGGGAUUUGGGAACAGCAUGGUCAGUCUUAGCAUUACUCAUAUCACAGCCUGUGUGCACACACGUGUUCAUGUAUGAAGGUGGAGGAGAGGUGGGAAAGGACCAAUGAAUCAUUACGGUGCUAUGGGUGAAUCCUCCUUUUUUAAAAUUACUCUGUAUCAUUCAUUUAUGUCUGGCAUUUCUGGCCUCUCAGUCUCUUCUAAUCUCUUCGGAACCCCAAACAACCUCUGAGC